ACCACUCUCUUAUCUCCUCCUCUAUAUCUCUUCUUCCCUCAUCCAAACUGUAGUAGAAACAACAGGAACUGAGAACAGUAGUGGGAAGUACCAAAAUGGCCUUGCAAGCACCCACUACUAGCCUUCAAACCACCAAGUCCAUACCAUUGACUUCUCCUUUAUCCCCCACCGGCAAUGCCGGACUCCGGCGACCCUCCGACCGUUUUGCUCUCAAAUCAUCAUUCUUCUCUCCAUCUCUUCACCUCCUCUUUCCUCCUCCUCAAUUUUCUGUGCCUUGUAUUGCACCAAAAUUCUCUAUGCGUGUGGCCUCAAAACAAGCCUAUAUCUGCCGGGACUGCGGGUAUAUUUACAACGACAGAACACCAUUUGAGAAGCUACCUGAUAACUACUUCUGUCCUGUUUGUGGUGCUCCAAAACGAAGAUUUAGGGCAUACGAGACUGCUGUGAACAAGAAUGCCAACGCCACAGAUGCUCGGAAGGCCAGGAAAGAACAGUUGAAGAAAGAUGAAGCAAUUGGGAGAGCAUUGCCUAUUGCAAUUGUGGUUGGGGCUGUAGCACUUGCUGGUUUAUACUUCUAUCUCAACAGCACUCUCUAGGUUCCAUCCUAGAAAGCUAUCAUUCUGGGCUUCAUGGACAAUUUUGUAACUUCAGUAUAUGUAUUUCAAGUUUCACCUCACCUCUAUAUGGAGCUGAAAUUAUCAUGUUUCUAGUCGUUUUGGGGUUAAACUUUCAUUUCACAUAGCCACUUGAUAGUUCGAUAAGCCUUGUUAAUGACCGGAACUACUGAGUUUCGAAAAUAAUAAUAAUAAUAGGUGACCAUGGUGAAGGGAGCUCAAUAGGAAAAAAAAAACAAAAGGGAGUUCAAUAGGUAGCAUACUAAAUACUAAUUGAAAUUCACUCUUGCAUUAAUUCUAUUCAAUUAAAGCAA